AUGGUGAUGCAUGCUCUUGCUAAUCGAAAAAACUGUUCGUUGGAGCUUCUCAAGAUAACUGCUGUUGGGACAUCGACAAAUAGGCUUGAAGAGACAGAUCAGUGGCUUUCAUCUUUUGCAAACUCGAUGAAUCUACCUUUCUCAUUUAAAAUCGUGUUGUCAGAAAUGAAGGAUGUUAAGAAGGAUAUGUUCAAGUUGGAGGGUGAUGAAGUGGUGGCCGUGUUCUUGAAGAUGUGUCUGUGGUCCUUAUUAUCAUGCCCUAAUCAUUUAAAGAUUCUAUUAAGAGUGAUUAAAGGACUUAAUCCAUGUGUGGUGAUGGUUACUGAAGUCGAAGCAAAUACUAAUACGUCAUCUUUCAUGCACCGUUUUUAUGAGGCACUCGUUCUUUUCAAUGAGUUGAGUCCUUCAUCCUUGAGUCAAGCAAAUUUGCUAAUUAACAGAUCUGGUUGCUUGAGUUUUUGUACUCUAAACAUGAACGGAAAAUCCAUUAUUGUGAAUUGGAAGGGAACCCCAAUGCUGUUUCUUUCUGCUUGGAAGCUCCAAUGUGAUUGA